GCGGGCCGGAAGUGGAGGCGGUUGGUAGUGUUGAAGGGGCUUAGGGACGCGGUGCGGGCGGCCGUUUGUGGGCUCUGGGUGGACCGAUUGUAGUGACCCGCGUCCCGUGUCUGGUCCCGGCGCCGCUGUGCUCGGCUGGUACGUGGCGGCAGCGAAACGAACGCGGCGUGGACCGGGAACCUGCGGCUGGGCCCAUGGCCUCCUGCGCGAGCAUCGACAUCGAGGACGCCACGCAGCACCUACGGGACAUCCUAAAGCUGGACCGGCCCGCGGGAGGCCCCAGUGCAGAGAGCCAGCGGCCACCUAACACCUACAAUGGGGACCUCAAUGGACUCCUGGUUCCAGACCCUCUCUGUUCAGGUGACGGUACUUCGGCAAACAAGCCUGGUCUCCGUGCCAAGCCUUCCAUUAACCUGCAGGAGAAGCAGGUCAUCUGCCUCUCCGGAGAUGACAGCUCUACCUGCAUUGGGAUUUUGGCCAAGGAGGUAGAAAUUGUGGCCAGCAGUGACUCUAGCAUCUCGAGCAAGGCACGAGGGAGCAACAAGGUGAAAAUCCAACCUGUCGCCAAGUAUGACUGGGAGCAGAAAUACUACUAUGGCAACCUGAUUGCUGUGUCCAACUCCUUCUUGGCCUAUGCCAUUCGGGCUGCCAACAAUGGCUCAGCGAUGGUGCGGGUGAUCAGUGUCAGCACUUCGGAGCGGACCCUGCUCAAGGGCUUCACAGGCAGUGUGGCUGACCUGGCCUUCGCACACGUCAACUCCCCACAGCUGGCCUGCCUGGAUGAGGCAGGCAACCUGUUUGUGUGGCACUUGGCUCUGGUUAAUGGCAAAAUUCAAGAAGAGAUUUUGGUCCAUAUCCGGCAGCCAGAGGGUACGCCACUGAACCACUUUCGUAGGAUCAUCUGGUGCCCAUUCAUUCCCGAGGAGAGUGAAGACUGCUGUGAGGAGGGUAGCCCAAUGGUGGCCCUGUUGCAUGAGGACAGGGCCGAGGUGUGGAACCUGGACAUGCUCCGCUCCAACCACAGCACCUGGCCUGUGGAUGUCAGCCAAAUCAAGCAGGGCUUCAUCAUGGUAAAAGGCCACAGCACAUACCUGAGUGAAGGGGCCCUCUCACCUGAUGGGACUGUCCUGGCUACAGCAAGCCACGAUGGCUUUGUCAAGUUCUGGCAGAUCUACAUUGAGGGACAGGAUGAGCCAAGGUGUCUACAUGAGUUGAAGCCUCAUGAUGGGCGGCCUCUCUCCUGCCUCCUGUUCUGUGACAACCAUAAGAAACAGGACCCUGAGGUCCCUUUCUGGAGGUUCCUCAUUACUGGUGCUGACCAGAAUCAGGAGCUAAAGAUGUGGUGCACGGUGUCCUGGACCUGCCUGCAGACCAUUUGUUUCUCCCCAGAUAUCUUCAGCUCAGUGAGUGUGCCCCCCAGCCUCAAAGUUUGCCUGGACCUCUCAGCAGAAUACCUGAUUCUCAGCGACGUGCAACGGAAGGUCCUUUAUGUAAUGGAGCUGCUGCAGAACCAGGAGGAAGGCCGUGCCUGCUUCAGUUCCAUCUCUGAGUUCCUACUCACGCACCCCGUACUGAGCUUCGGUAUCCAGGUUGUGACUCGCUGCCGGCUGAGGCACACUGAGGUGCUGCCUGCUGAGGAAGAGAAUGACAGCCUAGGGGCUGGUGAGCUGCUCAGGGUUGGAGGUAUACGUUGGUAUGUAGGGAGUGCCAAGGCACACAGGGCCAGGGCUUUAGUUGUCAGCAUUGUCCUUGCAGAUGGGACCCACGGAGCCGGUGCUAUGGAGUCUGCAGCUGGUGUGCUCAUCAAGCUCUUUUGUGUGCAUACUAAGGCAUUGCAAGAUGUGCAGAUCCGCUUCCAGCCGCAACUGAACCCUGAUGUGGUCGCCCCCCUCCCUGCCCAUACUGCCCAUGAGGACUUUGCAUUUGGAGAAUCUCGGCCUGAACUGGGCUCUGAGGGUCUGGGUUCAGCUACUCACGGCUCCCAGCCUGAUCUCCGACGCAUCGUGGAGCUACCUGCACCCGCUGACUUCCUUAGUCUGAGCAGUGAGACCAAGCCCAAGCUGAUGACACCUGAUGCUUUCAUGACACCUAGCACCUCCUUGCAGCAGAUUGCUGCAUCCCCUAGUAAUAGCAGCAGCAGCAGCAGCAGUAGCAGCAGCAGCAGCAGCAGCUCCUCUCUUACAGCUGUAUCUGCCAUGAGUAGUACCUCAGCGGUGGACCCCUCCUUGCCCAGGCCACCUGAGGAGCUGACCUUGAGCCCCAAGCUGCAGCUGGAUGGCAGUCUGACAAUGAACAGUGGCAGCAGCCUGCAGGCAAGCCCGCGCAGCCUCCUGCCUGGCCUGCUCCCAGGUCCAGCUGACAAAUUAACUCCCAAAGGGGCUGGGCAGGUACCUACUGCUGCCUCUGCAAUCUCCCUGGAGCUGCAGGAAGUGGAGCCCCUGGGGCUACGCCAGGCUUCCCCCAGCCGUACCCGCUCCCCUGAUGUUAUAUCUUCAGCUUCCACUGCCCUAUCCCAGGACAUCCCUGAGAUCGCAUCUGAGGCCCUGUCCCGUGGCUUUGGCUCCUCUGCUCCUGAGGACCUCGAGCCAAACAGUAUGGCCUCAGCUGCCUCAGCACUACACCUGCUGUCCCCGCGGCCCCGGCCAGGGCCUGAGCUUGGCUCCCAGCUUAGCCUGGAUGGAGGCCCUGGGGAUGGGGAUCGGCAUAGUACCCCUUCCCUCCUGGAGGCCGCCUUGACGCAGGAGGCCACAACCCCUGACAGUCAGGUCUGGCCUACAGCACCAGACAUUACUCGGGAGACCUGCAGCAGCCUCACAGAAAGCCCCAGGAAUGGCCUACAGGAAAAGCACAAGAGCCUGGCCUUCCACCGACCACCUUAUCACUUGCUGCAACAACAUGACAGCCAGGAUGCCAGUGCUGAACAAAGUGACCACGAUGAUGAGGUGGCCAGCCUUGCCUCUGCUGCCGGGGGCUUUGGCGCCAAAGUUCCCACUCCACGGCUGCCUGCCAAGGACUGGAAGACUAAGGGAUCCCCUCGAACCUCACCCAAGCUCAAGAAAAAGGGCAAAAAAGAUGAUGGGGAUUCAGCCAUGGAAUCCCGGCUCACGGAGCACCAGGUGGCAGAGCCCUCUGAGGACUGGCCAGCACUAAUUUGGCAACAGCAGAGAGAGCUGUUGGAGUUGCGGCACAGCCAAGAAGAGCUGCUGCAGCGUCUGUGUGCCCAACUUGAAGGCCUGCAGAGCACUGUCACGGGCCAUGUAGAACGUGCCCUAGAAUCGCGGCAUGAACAGGAGCAGCGGCGGCUAGAGCGGGCACUGGCUGAAGGACAGCAACGAGGUGGUCAGCUGCAGGAACAGCUGACACAACAGCUGUCCCAGGCACUGUCUUCAGCUGUGGCUGGGCGGCUGGAGCGCAGCAUACGGGAUGAGAUCAAGAAGACAGUGCCUCCAUGUGUCUCUAGGAGUCUAGAGCCUGUGGCAGGCCAACUGAGCACCUCAGUGGCCACCAAGCUCACGGCUGUGGAAGGUAGCAUGAAAGAGAGUAUCUCCAAGCUGCUGAAGUCCAAGAAUUUGACAGAUGCCAUUGCCCGAGCAGCUGCAGACACGUUACAGGGGCCAAUGCAGGCUGCCUACCGUGAAGCCUUCCAGAGUGUGGUGCUGCCCGCCUUUGAGAAGAGCUGCCAGGCCAUGUUCCAGCAGAUCAAUGAUAGCUUCCGACUGGGCACACAGGAAUACUUGCAACAGCUAGAGAGCCACAUGAAGAGCCGGAAGGCACGAGAGCAGGAGGCGCGGGAGCCUGUGCUGGCCCAGCUGCGGGGCCUGGUCAGCACGUUGCAGGGGGCCACUGAGCAGAUGGCAGCCACUGUGUCCAGCAGCGUUCGGGCUGAGGUGCAGCACCAGCUGCAUGUGGCAGUGGGCAGCCUGCAGGAGUCCAUUUUAGCACAGGUACAACGCAUUGUUAAGGGUGAGGUGAGUGUGGCACUUAAGGAGCAGCAGGCUGCCGUCACCUCUAGCAUCAUGCAGGCCAUGCGCUCAGCUGCUGGCACACCUGUCCCUGCUGCCCACCUGGACUGCCAGGCCCAGCAAGCCCAUAUCCUGCAGCUGCUGCAGCAGGGCCACCUCAAUCAGGCCUUCCAGCAGGCCCUGACAGCUGCUGAUCUGAACCUGGUGCUGUACGUGUGUGAAACUGUGGACCCAGGCCAGGUUUUUGGGCAGCCACCCUGCCCACUCUCCCAGCCCGUACUCCUCUCCCUCAUCCAGCAGCUGGCCUCUGACCUUGGCACUCGAACUGACCUCAAGCUCAGCUACCUAGAAGAUGCUGUGAUGCACCUGGACCACAGUGACCCUAUCACUCGGGACCACAUGGGCUCCGUCAUGGCCCAGGUGCGCCAGAAGCUCUUCCAGUUCCUCCAGGCUGAACCACACAACUCACUUGGCAAAGCGGCCCGGCGUCUCAGCCUCAUGCUGCAUGGCCUUGUGACCCCCAGCCUCCCUUAGCUAAGCCUGCCUUUCCCAGGGGUGGGGUGGCACUGAAGGCCAGUAGACAGGCCUAGGCCAAAGCAGGGUCAUGUCCGCCCGUUGCCUGCUCAGCCUUCCACCUCUGGGGUGUUUGAAGGGGGGAGCACUGGUUGUGGUUAUGGUAGCCAGCAGGUUGAGGCUGGGCCCAGGGUGGGUAUUGUGCCUUCUUGGGUUCUGCCACACCUGGAGCAUGACCCCCUGAGAUUAUGAUACCACUUGAGUUAAAUUUUCCACGUUUCUUUAUACCUCUGUUUUGGACCUUUUUUGUUUUUGAAAAACAUUGAAAAAUUUAAUUAAAUGCUUUUGCAAUAAAA